CGUCGAGAAAGCAUAUAAGGGACAUGAUGGUCGUGCAGUUGGCGAAUCAGAACAAACCGCGGGUCGAGUGCAAGUGCUGGUCACCUACACAUUCUGUUCCCUUCUUGGACAUCGUUUUCCCCUUUCCUUCCUGCUACUAUGAGAAUGAAGUGCGCCGUGUUGUGCUCGAUUGCCACGAUCGCUGGCUCUGCACUGGCCGCUCCAAUCUUCGAAUGGGACCCCGAUAGCAUUGCUUUCACUGGGUGGGAGAAGCGUGAAGCCCAGCCAUGGUUUCCAAAGCCAUUCGGCUGGCGUCUGCCCAAGGCGGUUGUCAAUCAUGUCAACAGCAAACGCGAAGCCGAUACCAAGCCGAUCUUCGAGUGGGAUACGGAGAGUAUCGCAUCCACCGGAUGGGAGAAGCGUAAUGCUGAGGCCAAGCCGAUCUUUGAAUGGGAUCCAGACAGCAUCGCAUUUACCGGCUUUGAGAAACGUGAGACUCUUGCUUCGGCUCUGGCGGACCCCAACUUCAUCACCAGAUUCAUCAGGAAGCACCUGGGCUCUGUGAUGGGUGGUGAGAAGAAGCGCGAUGCUGCCCCGAUAUUUGAGUGGGAUCCGGACAGUAUUGCGUUCACCGGCUUUGAGAAGGCGUAAAGCGACUGUAGAAGCAAUCACCGAGAAGUAGUCUUUUCUCGGGGCUCAAGAGAGUCAUUUGAGCCCACUGUUUGCAUAGAUGGGCAGAGUGACUCGGUUCCAUCUGACUGAGACUCGAAUGAUCCACAAGCUUGACGGUCAAAUACUGCUCAUUCGAUAUUCGUCCUUCAUAGUAGGCCCUG